AUGGCGGUGUUCCUCUCCGACGAGGAGCUGGAGUCUUUCUCAAAUACGAGGGGCUACUCGGUGCUUGUGGUGGGCGACGACGACCUCGCUCGCAAGCUCGUCCACGUUUUCGGCGUCGGGCGCGGCAGCCUCGUCGUCGCCAGCGACGGACCAGAGGGCCUCCGCUUCUUGACCUCGCCUUCACAUGACCGAUUCAGCCUCGUGGUGUCGGAAGCCGAGAUAGUGGCGCGCGGGUGGGGAUACGGCUCGCUCUGCCUGCACGUUCACGAGCGCAACACCGCUGGGAUGCGCCUCUACGAGAAGCUAGGGUUCGCGACGGUCGAGGACGGCAGCGCGAGCUGGCGGGACUGGUCGCUCUGGCAUGGCGACGAACCAUCGGGCGUGGGCUUCGCGUGGCCGUCGGUCGGGCGACGUGUAUACAUGGAGCGGCUCCACGCUGGCGAGGAAACGCUCGCGGCGAGGCAGUGA